AGUUCGGAGUGACUUGCCUGCCCGUGAAGGUGUUUGGCCUGUGCGCUCGUCUCCUCUGUGGCUUUCUUGAGAGAGAAUUUGGUUUGUUUCUUCUAAACUACGAUGACUACACCCUUUACGCUGCUACCAAUAAUCUUGGUUGCUGUUUCCUCUUCGACUUUGGACUCCAAGCGUGAUGGCAGACAUUUGGCCAACCUACGUACCUCAUACACGACGAACCAGAGUGAAGAUUACCACUUCUGUAAAGUCGAAGACACAGUAGGAGCGUGUAUGAGGAACUCAAAGUGCCAUGGACAACAGGGCCUCUUCGCUGGGCACUGUGGCAAGACCAAGGACGUUUGUUGCAUAGUAAUGAAGACCUGCGGAGAACAGACGGACUCUCACCACAGUUAUUUCAGGAAUCCGUCCUUCCCUAAGAAUGAUACAGAAGCACGGGUUUGUUCCCUUACUGUGAACGUUAGCAAAGGCAUCUGCGGGGUCAGACUGACCUUGGAGAAGUUCGAACUAGCGAGGUUCUACGGAGGUUCCUGUCUGCACGACGGCCUGACGGUUCUCGGGGCAAAGGGCCCUCCCGUCAGCGCCUUCUGCGGAAACAUGACCAACUGGCGCACGUCGUUCGAAGUGGAAGAAAAGACCCAGUUGGUGUUGGCAGCUUUAGUGCAAGGAGACCCGGCGUAUACUUUCAACAUCCGGGUUACUCAGCUGCCGUGUGAGGACAUUCAGACGUUCCAAUCCCCGACCUACGCCGGCGUGUGGAACCCCGACGCCCCGACAUACGUGCGCCCGACCACGGAGCCCGACCCCGAAACCACGACGCUCCCGACCGCCGACGAAACCACCGUCCUAGGGGAAUCCGACGGGGCGGGAUCGAGCGAGGAUCCCGACGGGGCGGGAUCGAGCGAGGAUCCCGACGGGGAGACGCAGCUGGAGGAGGCGGUGGUGGAAGGAGGAGACGAAGAAGGAAGAAGAGGAGGAGAGAGGAGAUGCAGGAGGAGAUGAGGAUGCUGAGGGCGGCCCGACGACCCUCCCGAGGGGGUUGAUUCCUACGCCUUCACAGGCUGAGGUCUCAAUCAAAUCCAACGUAGAUGAGGACGAGGGGAUCUACCUGGAGGUUACCAAUCCCAUCCCACUCGUCUCUGCGGUGAGGGAAGAAUUCGACACCCUGGACCCCAGCUACUGCCAGAGAGGAAGCUUUAGAAUUGUAGGAGGAAGCAUGACAAAAGUCAAUGAAUAUCCUUGGCAGGUGGCUAUCGUAAACGGCAAGGUUUUCACGUGUGGCGGAUCCCUUAUUAGCGACAGACACGUACUUACGGCAGCCCAUUGUGUCUUUGGAGGCUACAACAAAGGCUUCGAAAACAUGACCAUCAGCCUCGGAGACCACGACCUCACCACGAAGAACGACACAGAGAACGUUGCCCUUAAGGUGAAAUACAUCGACUGGAACCUUCAUUAUCACGCGCACAGAAUCUACAAUGACAUCGCGAUCUUAGAACUCGAGGAACCUGUGAUCUUCCGAGAUGGAAUUAGCGCUGUUAAGCUGCCGACUGACCUGGACGAUCAGUUCGAGGGCCAGAACGCCACGCUCACGGGCUGGGGGAGGCACAAACUGAAGAGUUACGAGACCAGUCCUGUGCUGAAGGAGUACACGGCGCCCUUGGUGGAUAUCGACGAGUGCAUAGAGGCGUGGGAGCCGCAUCCUUCGCUCACUCCUCGGCUCUCCAAUGUGUGCCUGAAUGUGACUUGGGGCGCGCCGUGUCACGGUGACUCAGGCAGCCCCCUAGUGACGUGCUCAGGCCUGCAGUGUACCCAGAUCGGAGUCAUGAGCUUCGGAUCUCCCUCAUGCGAGAACGUGGGUCUUCCCGAAGUGUUCACUCGUGUUACUUCCUUCAAGCCGUGGAUCGACAUGGUGCUCACGCCUAUCCACUAUGUCUAAGGAGAAAGGAAGAGAGAAAAGGGAAACUGCGAGUGUCCUUAAGAGAAGUAAAGGCGGGUGACAAUUAUUUUUAAAAAAGGACAGAUGAUGAUGGAUAUUUUGUGAUUGGUGUUAUGAAUAUAAUAAAGUUGAUAAAGG